AAUUCUUUGUGUUACAGCAGUCAGGGGAGCAGACCUCAGCACCUGGGGCCAGCAGGAUUGAGGUCAUCCUGACCUGUAUAGGCCAGGCAGUCAUACCACCACGCACUGGAUAAGCAAAUGAGCAUGCAUAAAGCAGAUUAUUGAAGUUUAGAGGUAAAGAGAUUUAUAGUUUAUCUUUACAUGUUAAUCUUAAAAGGAAUUAUUGAUCAGAAAUUCUGACCUUUGACAGCACUACCUGCUAAUCAGGAACUCUAGAUGCCACACGUGCAAGAAACACCCUCAGGUAGCCUUAGGGACAGGCACUUCAGGGGAUCACCCAUGUUCAGAUGGGAAAAACAAAGUGCAAACUGGAGUAAAAAAGGAAUUUGCUGGGUAGUCCAAAUACUUAACUGUAAUGCAACAACUAAAGCGUAAAAAGGAGAAAAAGUAUUUAAAGACUCAUGUUUUACAUUGAGGGGAGCUGCUGCAUGUAUGGCUGUCAUAGUUCCUUUUCAGAUGUGGGGCCUGACUGAGAUUCUCUGUGCACGCAGAAAGGUGGAGAAUAUGAAACACAACCUGAGAGCUGGUCUGGUGGCUCAUUGCCUCAUGAAAAGUCCACAUUCUUGUCUGCCCGGCUGCAGCUGACUCUGUGCAGGCAGGGUUUUAACAGCUUGGCGCAAUUUGGCUUGCAAGAGGUCGUUCAUGUGAGAGUGAAAAUAAUGUCAGCUUCUUGUUGCAGUUGUUGAAAUCCUACCACAAGGAGUGGACUCCUGAGGACCAAGGAAGGAAAUACUACAGCACAGCUGAAGUCACAGAUGUGUUAUGGUGAUGGUAUUAAAAGAACUGAAUAGAACAUGAGCGCGAGAGAGAAGGUUGCAGCUCCACAGAGCUUGAGAUCAAAACAUAAGACACAUGGAAAACAUGAAAGGGAUUAGACUUAGAUACAAGGAAGGAGAAGAGGAGAGAAUGAAACCAUAUUACAGUAAUUUACUGAAGUUACUCUUUGGGGAAAAGAUGUUUCCGUAUAAAAUUAGAAGUCUGCAGAGCUCAUGAAAUACCGUAUCAAUCUUUUGAGCAUACCAACAUCCCUCUCCUGUGCAGAAACCUCCCUCGAAACUUGCUGUGGGCAUGGACGAUAACAGAUCCUGGGACUCUUAAUCAAGCACGUUGUAGCCACAUCUGUCAGCUGACGCUGGGCUGCAGAAAAACACCUUAUGCUUCACAACGACUUCUACAUCAGAGACAACCGGAACGAUUGUCCUAGUGCGUGGAUUUGAUGUGAGCAGGCUCCUCCCAGCUUUCGGUGUGUGAUGCUCUGAUUUUCUACUUUCAUGUCUUCAGAUCCCAUCUGCAUAGGUCUGCUGAUGAUCCUUCAAGUAAAGUGAGGUUAUCCACAGAAGUAGUUGCCAAGAUCAAGAAGUGAUACAUACUUUGGCCGUUCUGAAGACAGAGAAAUUGUGUACUAUAAUUGCUCUCAGUUAAAAAGAUCAGACUUAUGAAGGAAUCAUCACUUUCACUCUGAAGACUUCAAGUCACCAAUUUAAAGGAAAAUGAAAUACAUGUUUCUCUGAAAGGGUACGUACUUUUCACCUGAGACAUCAGGAAUGGUUACUAAGGUUUUAUUGCUGAAAUUGUACAGCUUCUCUCCUCAACUUAUUCCAUCUGCCACUUCAGCUUUUUUUCUUAAUGUUUUGAUAACAGUUCUGGUACAGCUGUAUUUUUUUUUGCUGCUGUUUCAUUUCAUAGGUAGAUAUUCUUGUUUAUGUGAGUCUCUUACACAGCAACAAAGAAGAAAAGAACUGUAUGUGAUCUGCUGCUGCUUAUGUGAUCAUGGCUGUUUCUAGCAAACGUAUUUAUUUAAGGGCCUUCUUGAAGGGAAACAAUCUAACUUGAGCCCUCACCUGAAUUAUUAGGAAAAAUGAAUUUGUCCCAAAGAAUGCUUUGAACAGCCAGCUGCCUUUCUUGCAAACACUCAACAGUACACAAACAAGGAGAACUUUAUUAAGGAAAAUUAAGUUAUUAACAUGAAAAUUGUAGCAAACAACUUCAUACUUUAGUUGAACCUGCUGGGCAGUUGAGAGGCCAGUUAUCAAACUGAGGCAGACUUGUUAAUCAGCUCAGCUGGCUGGUUACACAAAUACAGGUUAUUGUGUGGGACACCCAGAGGUCGUGUUCUUCUUGUAGAAGUAUGGCAGUCUAAUGUGGAUGAAAUGAAACAUUUGAUGACCCAUAUCCUCAUCCAGUUUGUGGAUUGGCUGUUCUACACCACCCCACAGAAAUGAAGAGACUCAGCCACACCUUGCUAUUUGAACACAAUAGGGAAAUGAACUGUCAGAAAGAGAACCCGGCUAUGUUGCUUCCCCCACUUCUAGAUCUAAACUAUUGUACAGAUAUGGUAGUUUCCCAAGUGGCAUUAGAAAUGGUGUGGAUAUUUAACAGUGAUUUUGGCAGUUACGAGAGCUGGGGCUAAUGGCAUUUGUGGAAAAGGUAGGCUGGAGAACGGGAAAGUCAGAGGAACCUAAAGUUCUCUUUGGUUGGAUGGUAGACAGCUGAGACUUGCCCAAAAUCUAGGGCAGAGACAAGAUGGGGUUCCAAUUAUCAAGGUGGUAUUUUACUAAAAUGAACUAGCAUGAAAAUUGACUGGUUUAAGAAAAAGAAGCUCUUUAUUGCUUCUUUUUAAGAGCUGAUCACUCCUGUGCUUUGCAGCUGUGGAUGAGACAUAGGCAAUGACAGUGUCCUGAGUGGAAUCCAAAAAGCAAAUUGGCAGUGCAGGUGGUGGACAGUAAAUUAGAUUUUAAAAACUCUUUCAGGUUUAAUAACUUGAAAUGAACCCAAACUUUGAGACAAGAAAUAUGCUAAAAAUAUGUCAGUGUUCCAGAGGUGGACUGGAAGAGGUAGAAAGAAGAACAAAUUGGUAAAAGUGAUUUGUAUAAAGCCAUAAUGUAAUCACUCCACCAGUGCAUUACGUUAUCAGCUAGCUGCCAAGCCGCUAUUAGCACAAUUAAGAUGAGUGCUGGAUAGUGAAACGUCGUUUUAUGUCACUCCACGGCAUGAUGGUUAUUUUUAAGGAACCCUAUCACCUAGAUUCCUAUUACCAGCUCAACCCCUGCCAAGACUCUGUGUUGCAAGGAUCAGUGCUUUGAGACAGCGUCCUGCACCCUGUGUAACUGCGGAUAGCAUCAGCGCUUCAUCCCUCUGUUCUGCACCGACAUCCCUGUGACUGAGGCGUUGAACAAGGUCGUGCUGCGUGCACUUGGCCUUGGGAUGGGUGGCACACAGGAGGGGGUGCCAAGCUGGAGCAUUCCUACCAUGGUUUCACUUGCAAGCUAAUGACCCUACACAUGAAGAAAAGGGCUAGUGAUCACGAAAAAAAAAAGGCAUAAAGGUGAAGUAUGCACUCCAAAUAACGUGUAAAGCUGCUGAAAACGUUUUUAUUUCCCCUCUGGACGUUCGCUGCUGCCAACUGUGACGUCCAGUCUGUCCUUGCACCAGCUCCAGUUCGAGCUGCUCACAAGGAGCCACCUGCCUUUGCAGAUUUGCCACAAAAAAAAAACACAGAAAAAGCGUUAAAACAGGGGCCAAGCGGCCCUGACAGGAUCACCCCCACUCCCUCAGGCCUGCUCCCGCAGCGACUCACGGGAAGCCGCGGCCCCACCAUUGGCCGAGGAGCGGGCGCCGGGCUCGCGUCAGCGGCGGCGGCGAGGCCCCGCCCUUAGGCGCCGUUCAAACCGGGGCGGCGGGAAAACGGGGCCGGGGCCUGGGGCGCGCGGCGAGGGCGGGAAGGGGCCGGGCACGCGGGGCCGGCGCUGAGGGAAGGGGCGCGGUGGGGCCGCGGCGCUCCGUUCUUGCAGCCGCGCUGACGGGAUGCUGAAGUUUAAAUGCGGUGCCCGGCAGCCGGCAGAGCCCGGCCCCAUGGAGCCCAUCGCCAGCCGCGUCUCCCGCCUCAACUUGCUCUUCCAGGGGAAGCCACUCUUUGUGACUCAACAGCAGAUGUCUCCUCUCUCCCGGGAAGGCAUCCUCGAUUCUUUAUUCGUUCUUUUUGAAGAAUGCAGAAACCCCUCUUUAAUGAAAAUUAAACCUGUGGGCAACUUUGUCAAGAAGUAUGCAGAGACUAUAGCUGAAUUAAGGGAACUGCAACCAAGUGUGAAGGAUUUUGAAGUAAGGAGUGUGGUUGGCUGUGGUCACUUUGCAGAUGUAAAAGUAGUAAGAGAGAAAGCUACAGGUGAUGUGUAUGCUAUGAAGGUGAUGAGCAAGGAGUCCUUGUUGGCGCAGGAGCACGUGUCAUUUUUUGAAGAAGAACGCAGUAUAUUAUCUCAGAGUACCAGUCCAUGGAUUCCACAGUUACAGUAUGCAUUUCAAGACAAGAAAAAUCUCUACUUGGUUAUGGAGUAUCAGCCUGGAGGGGACUUACUGUCACUCUUAAACCGAUAUGAGGACCACCUGAAUGAGACUAUGGUGCAGUUUUAUCUUGCAGAGCUGGUUCUGGCUAUUCACAGUGUUCAUCAGAUGGGUUAUGUACACCGAGAUAUCAAACCAGAGAAUGUUCUUAUUGACCGAAUAGGACACAUUAAACUGGUGGACUUUGGGUCUGCUGCGAAAAUGACAAUAAACAAAAUGGUAAAUGCCAAGCUACCUGUUGGUACACCUGACUACAUGGCACCAGAAAUGUUGACAGGACUGAAUGGGGAUGGCAAAGCUUCUUAUGGCCCAGAAUGUGACUGGUGGUCCUUAGGAGUCAUUGCAUAUGAAAUGAUUUAUGGAAGAUCUCCGUUCACUGAGGGAACAUCAGCAAAAACUUUCAAUAACAUCAUGAAUUUCCAGAAGUUUCUGAAGUUCCCAGAGGAUGUGAAAGUCAGUGGUGAAUUUCUUGAUCUGAUCCAGAGCUUGCUUUGUGGGCAGAAGGAAAGGCUGGGUUAUGAGGGACUCUGCUGCCAUCCAUUCUUUGCUAAAAUUGACUGGAAUAAUAUCCGUAACUCUCCUCCCCCCUUCGUUCCUACUCUCAAGUCUGAUGAUGACACCUCAAAUUUUGAUGAACCAGAGAAGAAUUCACGGGUUUUAUCCUCUGCGCGCCAGUUGAACCCGGCAGGUUUCUCGGGUGAAGAUUUGCCAUUUGUGGGGUUUUCAUUCAUCAAGGCAUUGGGAGCCCUCAGAUCAGAAUCUGUUUUUUCAAGUGUGGACUCUCCCGUCAAGGUCAGCUCCAUGGAAAAGAAACUUCUUCUCAAGAGCAAAGAACUCCAAGACGCACAGGACAAGUGUCACAAGAUGGAGCAGGAAAUGACGCGGUUGCACCGGAGAGUGUCAGAGGUGGAGGCUGUACUUAGCCAAAAGGAGGUGGAACUGAAAGCCUCUGAGACCCAGCGAUCCCUCCUGGAGCAGGACCUGGCCACAUAUAUCACAGAAUGCAGUAGCUUAAAGCGAAGCCUGGAACAGGCACGGAUGGAGGUGUCUCAGGAAGAUGAUAAGGCACUACAGCUACUUCAUGAUAUCAGAGAGCAGAGCCGAAAACUGCAAGAGAUCAAAGAACAGGAAUAUCAAGCUCAAGUAGAAGAAAUGAGGCUGAUGAUGAAUCAAUUAGAAGAGGAUCUGAUUUCAGCUCGCAGGCGUAGUGAUCUUUAUGAGUCGGAGUUAAGAGAGUCCCGAAUGGCAGCUGAAGAAUUUAAACGUAAAGCUACUGAAUGUCACAACAAAUUGCAAAAGUUACAGGUUAAAGAUCAAGGAAAAAGUGAAGCAGGAGAGUUGUAUUGCAAAUUAGAGAAGAUCAACACAGAGCAGCAGGCCAAAAUCCAGGAGCUGCAGGAAAAGCUGACAAAGGCUGUGAAGGCUAGCUCAGAGGCAACAGAACUUCUCCAGAAUAUCCGUCAAGCAAAGGAGAGAGCUGAGAAGGAGUUAGAGAAACUGCAAAAUCGGGAGGAUUCUAAUGAAAGCAUGAAGAAGAAAUUGCUUGAAGCAGAGGAGCGGCGCCAUUCUCUGGAGAAUCAAGUGAAGAGAUUAGAGACUGUGGAACGAAGAGAAAACCGUCUAAAGGAAGAUAUUCAGACUAAAUCUCAACAGAUUCAACAGAUGGCGGAAAAAAUUCUGGAGCUGGAAGAAAAGCAUCGUGAAGCUCAGAUCGCAGCACAACAUCUGGAGUUGCAGCUGAAACAAAAGGAGCAAUUCUAUGAGGAAAAACUCAAAGUUUUGGAAAAUCAGAUGAAGAAAGAUCUUGCUGAUAAGGAAGCACUUGAGAAUAUGCUCAGAAGACAUGAAGAAGAAGCACGUGAGAAAUGUAAAGUCCUGGCUGAACAGAAGGCGAUGAUCAAUGCAAUGGAUUCAAAGAUUAGGUCACUGGAGCAAAGAAUAGUGGAAUUGUCUGAGGCCAAUAAACUGGCAGCAAAUAGCAGCCUUUUUACCCAGAGGAACAUGAAAGCCCAGGAGGAGAUGAUUUCAGAGCUCAGGCAACAGAAGUUCUACUUGGAAACACAAGCUGGAAAGUUAGAGGCCCAGAAUCGAAAAUUAGAGGAACAAUUGGAGAAGAUGAGUCACCAAGAUCACACUGACAAGAACCGCCUGCUGGAGUUAGAGACUAGGCUACGAGAGGUUGGUCUAGAGCACGAAGAACAAAAGCUGGAACUCAAAAGGCAGUUGACGGAAUUGCAGCUGACACUCCAGGAGCGGGAAUCUCAAAUUACUGGGCUGCAGGCUGCACGGACAGCCCUGGAGAAUCAGCUCCGUGAAGCCAAAACUGAACUAGAGGAGACUACAGCUGAGGCAGAGGAAGAGAUUCAAGCUCUCACGGCACAUAGAGAUGAAAUCCAGCGUAAAUUUGAAGCCCUUCGUAAUAGCUGCACAGUGAUAACAGAUUUGGAAGAGCAGCUGAACCAGCUCAGUGAAGACAAUGCAGAACUGAACAAUCAGAAUUUCUUCUUGUCCAAACAACUUGAUGAGGCCUCAGGGGCCAAUGAUGAGGUUGUCCAAUUGCGAAGUGAAGUUGAUCAUCUCCGUCGAGAGAUCACGGAGAGAGAGAUGCAGCUUACCAGUCAGAAACAAACUAUGGAGGCCUUGAAGACAACAUGUACAAUGCUGGAAGAGCAAGUAAUGGACUUGGAGGCCCUGAAUGAUGAACUCUUGGAGAAAGAGCGUCAGUGGGAAGCAUGGAGAAACGUUCUAGGGGAUGAGAAGUCUCAGUUUGAAUGUCGUGUCAGAGAGUUGCAGAGGAUGCUGGAUACUGAGAAACAGAGCAGAGUGCGAGCAGAUCAGCGUAUUACUGAAUCUCGCCAGGUGGUAGAACUAGCUGUCAAAGAACACAAGGCAGAGAUUCUAGCCCUCCAGCAAGCACUAAAGGAACAAAAACUCAAAGCUGAGAGCCUUUCUGAUAAGCUCAAUGACCUGGAGAAGAAGCAUGCUAUGUUGGAGAUGAAUGCACGCAGUUUACAACAGAAGCUUGAGACAGAAAGGGAGCUCAAGCAGAGGCUUCUGGAAGAGCAGGCAAAGCUGCAGCAGCAAAUGGAUUUGCAAAAGAAUCACAUCUUCCGCCUAACUCAAGGACUACAGGAGGCUCUAGAUCGAGCAGACCUUCUGAAGACUGAAAGAAGUGAUCUGGAAUAUCAGCUGGAAAACAUUCAGGUUCUCUAUUCCCAUGAAAAAGUGAAAAUGGAGGGCACUAUUUCUCAGCAAACCAAACUCAUUGAUUUCCUGCAGGCAAAGAUGGACCAACCAGCAAAAAAGAAAAAGGGCCUGUUUAGUCGGCGGAAAGAGGACCCUUCUUUACCCACACAGGUUCCCCUGCAAUACAAUGAGCUGAAAGUGGCACUGGAGAAGGAGAAAGCUCGUUCUGCUGAGCUGGAGGAGGCUCUACAGAAAACACGCAUUGAGCUCAGAUCUGCUCGCGAAGAAGCUGCUCAUCGGAAAAUAUCAGACCACCCUCAUCCAUCCACUCCAGCCACAGCCAGGCAGCAGAUCAUCAUGUCUGCCAUAGUCCGCUCACCAGAGCAUCAGCCUACUCCAAUCAGUCUGCUCGCUCCACCUUCCAGUCGCAGGAAGGAAUCUUCCACACCAGAGGAGUACAGUCGGCGCCUGAAAGAGCGAAUGCAUCACAAUAUCCCACAUCGUUUUAAUGUGGGGCUAAAUAUGAGAGCAACAAAAUGUGCGGUAUGUCUGGAUACUGUGCACUUUGGACGGCAAGCAUCUAAAUGUCUUGAAUGCCAGGUGAUGUGUCACCCAAAAUGCUCAACUUGCUUGCCAGCUACUUGUGGACUGCCAGCAGAAUAUGCCACACACUUCUCUGAAGCAUUCUGCCGGGAUAAAAUGAAUUCUCCCGGUCUGCAGCUGAAGGAGCCAAGCAGCAGUCUACGUCUUGAAGGGUGGAUGAAAGUGCCAAGGAAUAAUAAACGUGGGCAGCAGGGCUGGGACAGGAAGUAUAUUGUCCUGGAAGGAACAAAAGUGCUCAUUUAUGAUGCAGAAGCAAGAGAAGCUGGACAGAGGCCUCUGGAAGAAUUUGAACUCUGCCUUCCUGACGGUGACGUAACUGUUCAUGGAGCUGUAGGAGCUACUGAACUUACCAAUACAGCAAAGACAGAUGUGCCAUAUAUCCUAAAAUUGGAGUCUCAUCCACACACCACUUGCUGGCCUGGUAGAACACUCUACCUGUUAGCACCCAGCUUCCCUGACAAACAGCGCUGGGUCACAGCACUGGAAUCAAUAGUGGCAGGUGGGAGAGUUUCCAGAGAAAAAGCUGAGGCUGAUGCUAAAUUGCUUGGAAACUCCCUGCUGAAGCUAGAAGGUGAAGACCGUUUGGAUAUAAAUUGCACAAUGCCCUUUAGUGACCAGGUAGUACUUGUGGGUGCAGAGGAAGGUCUCUAUGCCCUGAAUGUAUUAAAGAAUUCCUUAACGCACAUCCCAGGAGUGGGUGCUGUCUUCCAAAUUCACCUCAUCAAGGAUCUGGAGAAGCUACUCAUGAUAGCAGGAGAAGAAAGGGCUCUGUGUCUCGUGGAUGUAAAAAAAGUGAAGCAAUCGCUAGCCCAGUCUCACCUCCCAGCCCAGCCUGAUAUCUCACCAAAUGUCUUUGAGGCUGUCAAAGGAUGUCACCUUUUUGCUGCUGGCAAGGUCGAGAAUGGUCUUUGUAUCUGUGCAGCCAUGCCCAAUAAAGUGGUUGUUCUGCGAUAUAACGAGAGCUUGAACAAGUUCUGCAUCAGAAAGGAGAUUGAAACCUCAGAGCCUUGCAGCUGCAUACAUUUGACCACUUACAGCAUCAUCAUUGGAACCAACAAGUUCUAUGAAAUUGAGAUGAAACAGUAUACGCUGGAGGAGUUUCUGGAUAAAAAUGAUCAUACUUUGGCCUCUGCUGUGUUUGCUGCAUCCACCAACAGUUUCCCAGUCAGUAUCAUCCAGGUGAACCCAACGGGGCAGAGGGAGGAAUAUCUGCUGUGUUUCCAUGAAUUCGGGGUCUUUGUGGAUUCCUAUGGAAGACGCAGUAGGACGGAUGACCUGAAAUGGAAUCGCUUGCCUUUAGCUUUUGCCUACAGGGAGCCCUAUCUCUUUGUGACCCACUUCAAUUCCCUUGAAGUGAUAGAGAUUCAGGCACGAGCUUCUCUAGGAACUCCUGCACGAGCCCACUUGGAGAUACCAAAUCCACGGUACCUAGGGCCUGCAAUUUCAUCUGGAGCUAUCUACUUGGCCUCCUCCUACCAAGACAAAUUAAGAGUGAUUUGCUGUAAGGGCAAUCUGGUGAAGGAGACCAACAAUGAGCAUCACAGAGGAUCUUCUGCUACACGCAGCUGUUCGCGUCCAUUAUUUUUGAAUGACAGUAGCCCUAACAAGAGAGGUCCGCCCACAUACAACGAGCACAUAACCAAGCGGGUUGCAUCAAGCCCAGGACCACCAGAAGGUCCAAGCCACCCUCGAGAACCAAGCACACCACAUCGGUACCGUGAGGGAAGGACAGAGCUGCGGAGGGACAAGUCACCUGGGCGACCACUGGAGAGGGAGAAAUCUCCAGGCCGGCUUCUGAGCACCCGCAGAGAAAGGUCCCCUGGAAGACUGUUUGAUGAGAGCAGCCGAGGACGAAUGCCCGUGAGUGGUGCCAGAACUCCUCUUGCUCAAGUCAACAAGGUCUGGGACCAGUCUUCAGUGUAAGUCUCAGCUAGACAAAGUUAUUCAUCUUGACCUGCAGGAAAAAAAAAAAAAAGAAAAAAGGAAAUAUACUGAGUAUAUGCACUCCAUGUCUGCUGCCCAGUUACCAAACAGCAUUUCUGGGCCAAAGCUAGCUCCGCAUCAGGAGAUGUGACACUUCUGAAGAUUGUUCGCAUCUCAGUUAAUUUCUCUGCACUUUCCUGCACUCCUGUUUUUGCACUUUGUACUACUGUUACUCUUUCAAGCAGUUCAUGAACUUUUUGUAUUCACUUUAGUCCCUAGUGCUUCAUCAAGGAAAUUAAAUGGGACUAGAGUCCCACCCCAGAUCUUCAAUGUGGUUAGCACCCCUUACCAGAUAAUUGAUCAUAGUUCUGAGAUGUGCUGGGAAUUCCUGGUGGCCUGGAAACAGAAGGGCCAAGGUCGUUCAAUAGAAGGUGUGAUUGGAUAUUCUUUACAGAACACAAAAAAAUUACUUUUGUAGUCUGUUCACCUGCCACUUCUGAGAGUUAUUUUGUUCUCACUAAACUUGCUCUAGAGCAGCUCUGGGGAGGGAGGAACCCUGCUUUGUGAUCCCAUGUGCCCUACCCCAAGACAAAGUGCAUUAUCUAUAAGCUACUGGGGCGUUAAGACUUUAUCCAGGUCUUCUGCAUGACAGUUCACUGCAUGCUGCUGCACCAUCACUGGCUGCUCUCUCCUUUUAGGUUGCUUUGCUGAGUAGUGUAUUGUACCUCACUUGUAAAUUAACUGAAACCUCUAGAUUACGCUGCAAAAUAAUCGUUAAUUACUCUGGAAAUUUGGCAAUGAAGAGUUAACAAGCCUUAUUCUAUGACAAGAAUUAGUCACAGUUGUGUUCUCCUCUCAGCAUUAAACGUAGUCCUUUCAGAAAUUACACCACAGCCCCAUCUCAAAGCCCACGAAGAGCCCACGUUCCCCAGGGAGAGGAGCAGCCCAGAGCUGGCUCAUCCCUGUGAGCUGUAACUUGCCGUACAAUAAGCACCAAAUGUCACGGCACAAGAGGAUACUCACAAUGAACAGCUUUAGCGGUUACUGAACACACCUUCGCCUUCGCUUCCGCGUAUCUAACCUCGAGCCAUUUAUUGCUUUCUAUUCUCUUUUGCUGUGAACAUGAAGCAGAGAGCAAAAGAUUUUCAAAGCAGAUUUUUGACCAUUCAGUCUGCAAUAGCAACAUUCGAAGUGAACAACCAUGUUCUUUACAACUGGAAAGAGCAAAACUGCAUCCAAUCUUCCCUUGGCCACACUCUUAAACUUCUGCUAGUCCCUUGCAAGCCCGUGCUAACCUGUUCUAAAAAUCCCUAAGAAGUCAAAUGCCUUGUCAGUGUCCUUUGGCAGGUUUCAUGAAUAUUGUAUUCUGUUCUCUUGUCUGUUGGGUUAUUUUAGGUCAGAUGAUAUGGCAGGAAACUUGCUGAAAGUUUUGUCUUCUGGUCUGAAUAUUUUGAAAGGUCACUGAGAUCAGUCUUUAAAUCUUUGCAUCUCAUGGAAGAUCUUCAAGACCUCAGAAAUGGGCUUGUUGAGUCCUGAAAGUGUAUAUCUUGUGUCUUGUUCGUGAAAUGCUUCCUGCUAUAGAAAUAGCUCAAAGGACUGUACAUAUUUACAAGAAACUUUAUAUUCGUAACAAAAGGGAAUUGAAUUGGUUUCUACUUUUUUAUUGUAAACUGUGUUUUUCAACACUAGCUUUUUUGUUUUAAUGGUGGUUGUGGACAGCCAUCUUCAGACACUGGAGGGGCCUCAGCUUAAUCCUCCUAGCUCCCAUGAAGAAAUAUUGUAACAUUAAAUUGCAACUGAAGCUUGUUAGCAUAAAUGAGGUUUUAGGUAUCUAAAAGUACAGGAAUUUUCUUCAUUACCUUUUUAUUAUUGAUAAGGGAGGGAACUAGAGGGACAGUUCAAAGCUCCAUCUGGAAAGUAUUGAACUUUGUUGUUGAACAAUAACCAAAUAAAACAAAUAACUAUCUUGA